AUGAUUCAGGAAGCUGGACUAUUAAAGACUGUGUGCAAUCUUCCCAAAUGUUAUGAGAGACUGGUCAAAGAAUUUGUGGUGAACCUAUAUGAAGAUUGUGGAAACAGCAAGAGUCCGGACUUCAGAAAGGUGUUUGUGAGAGGUAAGUGUGUUUCGUUCUCUCCUUAUGUGAUUAAUAACUUCUUGGCAAGAACAGAUGAAGCUCAACCCGAGCUUGAAGUGACAGACAACAAGGUUUGUCAAGUGAUCACAACCAAGCAAGUAAAAAGCUGGCCCUUAAAAGAGAAACUAACUGCAAGUAAGCUGAGCAUCAAGUAUGCAAUGCUUCACAAGAUAGGAGCAGCUAAUUGGGUACCAACGAAUCACAAGUCCACUAUCUCAACUGUUCUUAGCAGAUUUCUGUAUGCUGUAGGAACAAAAACAAAGUUUGACUAUGGAACAUAUAUUUUCGACCAAACUAUGAAGCAUGCUGGAAGCUUCAGUGUUAAGGGUCCAAUUGCCUUUCCAUCCCUCCUGUGUGGCAUAAUUCUGACUCAGUAUCCCAACAUUCUCAAUGAGCAUGAUGUAGUAUGCAAAAGAGAAAAUCCCUUGGCUUUCCACUAUAAAUUGUUUCAGGGUACGCAUGUUCCAGACAUUGUCAUGACAUCGGCUGCAACAUCCAAGUCUGGAGCAUCAUCCAGCAAAGCAGAAGUCAUAGCAAUGUUAAAAGAAACCUACAAAGAGUUGGAAGCUAGGAAGAUAUCCCUUGAAAAGAUGAUAAGUACUCUGGAAAUGGAUGAGAAUAAAGAAUUUGUAGAUGCUGUAGAUAUGGCAGAUGAAGAUGAAAAAGAGAAGGAAGUAGAACCAGAAGAAGAAGUCGAAGAAGAGAGUGCCAGUCCUGAUGAUGGCUCUGAGAAUGGAAGUUAUGCAGACACCUCUAAUGGGUCUGACUCUGUGCAGUAA